ACAAUGUACACCCCCUUCAGCGCCUCCUUCCCCACCUCCCACGCCGCCAAAACCUACCGCAAAGCCCACACCCGCUUCAACCGGCAGCCCUACCUCCCGCCCUCCACCGACCCCACCAUCGCCGCCAUAAACUCCGCCCGCACCCACCACACCUCCCGCAUCUACACCGCGAUGACACGCCCCGACACCGCCCGCGACAACCCCUCCUCCAUCGCCAUGAAGCGCUGGGUACACAGCGCGCACUACCCACCCGCCCUAGUCGAAGCCUACGCACACAAGAUCCUCGACUGCGUGCUGGAGCAAGCGACGCUGGGGUUCCGCGGCUGGCACCACAAUGAUUAUGUGGCUGAUGAGCGGAAGGGCGAGGACGAGGAUCGCGAUGUGGAUUGUUUGGCGCGGUUGGAGAAUGUUAUCGCUGCGUUGGAGAGGGAGAAGACGGUUUGUGAGGAUGUGAUGAAUUCGGCGUGUCAGGUUAGGAUGUUUGUUAAUGCGCCGAGGGCGUAUGAGAAUCGGAAGGUGCAGAAUCGGGUGGGGAAUAGUAAGAGGGGGAAG